UAUGAAUCCUCGAAUGAUGCUCAACAAUAGAGGACAACAACCUCAAUAGCCAAAUGGACUUAGAAAUGAUUAUUAAAGUGUAGUUUAAGUAUAUAUUGUGUAAUUAUUCUUUAAAGGGUAUAUAAUCUUUAAUGGGAAUCUCAUUUUCAACAGUUUAAUUAUGCAUAUUUGGUUAAAUGUUGAUGGAAAAAACAAAAAAAUUGUUAGAAUUCAUUAAAUCUGGAGCUGUCACAUCAAUUAAUAAAUUUUUAACUUUGCUUAGAAUUAAAUAAUUACUUAAAGGGGAAUUGACUAUGACAUAGAUAGGUAAAUCAGUAGUAAAUACUAGUACUUAGAUUGGUAAGUAAUGGAUAAUUGCUAUACGAUUGCUUUUGUUAAUUGGUAUUCUUAAAUUAAAUAUGCAGUCAUUCUAUUGAUUGGUGCGUUGUUGGCAUAUAUGAAGAGAAAAAUCAAAGAAAAAUAAGAAACUGAAGCAUAAAAUUAAUCAGAUAAUGAAGAUACAAAUAAUGAAGAGGCAGAAGAAUAGUAAUAGAUAGAUAUUCAAGCAGACUCAACUCAAUUACCAAUACAAUAGAAUGAUUUCUGGAAUCAUAUUGAAGAAAAUCCUUCUAAUUAAGAAUAAUAGACUUAAUAAUAACAAUAAUCAACUCCAGUCCCAUCUAUUAACUAUUUGAAUGAUCUUCCAGGAUUCUCCAAUAGUGGUAAUCCAAGUAAACCAUGGAUGAAAUGA